AUGAACAGAAAACAAAUGAAACUGGUAAGUUUUUAUCCACUGCUUUCUCAUUUUCUUAGUAAGUUCGAUUUUUAACCGUAUCUAAUACCUUCCCCAGUCUUAUACACGACAUCUUCAACAAGAGGUUUUUUCCAGUUUGCUGUUGGUGCAAAUUAUUUGAGUAGGCUAUUUCCGAGUUGCCUCAAGCCUCUGUUUCAAAGCGAGGCUAAGUGCAAAGCCAUUAAUAUGAAAAUCAUUGUUUUUUUAUUUUCAUGCAAAUGAAACUCUCUUUCACAAGUAAGUUUUUGCACUUGGCCUUGUUUCGAAAGUGAGAGUCUUUGGAACUCGGAAAUGACCGAUUCUCUUGAAAUUUUCUUGAAGCUAAAGAUUGGGAAUGCCAUGUACUCGAUCAGAAUACAUGUGGUAGUAUAUGACGAUGCAAAAAGUUUUGAAUGAGCUGUAUUAAUUAAUGUUAUUUUAUGUUAACCAAGAAAAAUUGGCGUAUUCGGCUUAAAUAAAGGGAAGAAAAGGUGCGGUCUUUCUCGUGUCGGUUAACAUGCAGAAUACAGUGCAUCAGAGAAUAAACUGCUCUGUGGUUCCAGCGUAAAAACGUCUAAAAGCUAAUUUCAUGUGGCAAAUCAUUUUCUUUUUCUUUAUAAGGUAAUCCACAUAUUUGCAGUUACUUUGUCGUUGGCUGUCAUUCUUAAUCCUACUUCAUAUGUCGAAGCCAAACCUCAAGGUCCUACUGGAAAUACCAACAGCACCACAUGCAAUCAUAUCACGAUACCAAUCACUGCCAACUCUCGUGGGUAUACACCAACCUCUACUAGGAAGACUUGCAUUGCAAAAAUCAUCCCAAUUACUAUUUGUAACAAAAUGUACAAUGUUGCACUUUGUAAGGGAAAAAAGAACGGUUGUAAAGGAAUCCAGAGAAAGAUUAUUGUAACUUUUCCAACAUGCUGUAAAGGAAACGACACCACAUCCGUGUCAUUGCCGUAUGAUUGUUCUUGA